GAAACUGUUGAGACAUCUGCUGCUCUUCUACUUCCUUUCAAAUUCUUAGUUCCCUUACUAUCUUGUCUCAAUGAUCAUUUCUCAGCGUUUCCUCACCUCCGGAGCCUCAGAAGUCCGCAGCAGGCCAGCUCUGCUUCUGCAGCACUUCCAGAGGAUGAAGGUCUCCAUGGUCACCAUCUCCUUGCUCCUCUUCCUCAUCACCGUCACCCUAGAGACCAAGACUCACUCCUCCUCACGAGGCCCUUUCUACCCAUCAGAGUGCUGUUUCUCCUACAUUACCCAUGCUGUCUCGCCUUAUCGAAUCAUGGGUUACUAUGAGACCAACGGCGACUGUCCUAAGCCUGCAGUUGUCUUCAUCACCACAAAGGGCCAUCGCAUCUGUGCCAAUCCUGAAAAUGAGUGGGUCCAGGACUACGUAAAGGACCUGGAGGAGAACUGAGAGAUCCAGAAGCACUAGAAAAGGACACAGCUCAGUGACCUAAAAAGUAGGGAAGAGGCCAAGGCCCCUUCCUCCCGCCACUCAGCCCAGCAUAACCCAUACCCCAAGCUAGCCUAUCUUGAAUUAAAGACAAUCCAUGUCCUUCCCUGCCCUCA